GUCUUCAUGUUCAAUAGGCAAGAAGAGGAAUCACCUUCUGCAACAAGGAGAUUUUGGUUUAAUAUUAUGCCUUUUAACUAUAUCAAUUGGUUGUGUGCUGAGAAGGUAAAAAAGGUUCAGUUUGAGAGUGAGAUUGCUGAAAAUGAGAUUAUUUUGAAGAACCUGGAGGGCACUAGGCAGUAUGAUCAGAAGUUUAAGGAAUGGGAAGAAAACAAGAAAAAGCUUAUUACAAAAGAUGAUGAUUUAUUCUACAAGAAAUGUAAGGAAGCUAUUUCUUCAUGGGUGAAAUCAUUUCCACGCAAUGAUAUUCGAGAAGCUGAACUGAUUUUUGUUCCUGUUCACAAGGAUGAUCAUUAUACUGUCUUGGUGCUGAACAAGAAAGCAAAAAGGAUUGAAAAUAUUGACAAUCGUACAGACAUGAAGGACAUUGAUAGAUAUAAGCAUGAGGAAUUUAACGGUCUUACAUACUUUUGUCGUGCUUUUGAUUCUUUUAUGAAAGAGACUAUGAGAUGUCGUGAUUUUGAUCGUCUCCACCAUUGGCAAACAUCAACUCUUUACUUCCCUUGGAGAAGCAAGGACAACAAUUUUGAUUGUGGUGUCUAUGCAAUCAAAACCAUGGAGCUGUAUGACGGUCAAAAUACUAACCAUGCUGCACUUGUUGACCUAAAAGGGUAUGAUUACUUUAUUUUGCUUGUUACAUUUCUGUUUUUGAAAGUUUUUUAAUAGAAAAAGGUAUGAUAGCCAGUUAGUGAAGGACUUGAAAGACUAGCUGAAAAACAAAGAUGUCUAACUGAAGCAUUAUAAAGACUAGCUGAGAAAUAAUGAAGUCUAACUGAAGCACUGUAAAGACUAGCUUAGAAAUAAACAAGUCUAACUGAAACAUAAUAAAUACUAGCUGAAAAACAAUCAAGUCUAACUGAAACACAAUCAUUACUAGCUGAAAGCAUUAUAAGGACUACCUGAAAAACAAUGAAGCACUAUAAA